AUGAAGUUCCUCGCUGUAUUUGUUACUGGGCUCUCGCUCGCUAUCCAAGCCGAAGCUGCAUGCCCCACGGUCGACCAGAUACGUACUUGGAUAAAAAAACAGGGCAUCACUCUCGACAAGACCGUUUUCUACACCAGCCCAUAUAGCACCAACAGGGACGCCAUGAACUAUGCCAACAAGAUCAACGGAAAAUUCUGGGGUAACGUAUACCCUAAUGAUCAGUUGUAUGAGUGGCUCGGCGAAUGUGGCCCGGGCACUGCCCAAGACGACCUUGCUCCUAGAAUGUCUGAAGCUCUUGCAAGAGAGACCACGGGCUCGGCAUAUAUAUUGUUGAAGAAGGGCACAACCCCCCGGCCCGCAUCAGUUUUCAUGGUAUACGAAUACCCAAACCUUAACGUCAAGGUCUAUGCGGUAAAUCCAGAGGACUUAGACGAGACGAAAGAGUGGACUCCAGACACAAACUGGAAGCGAGCGGUUUCGUUCGGCGAUGUCCCGGUGUUAGGAUAA